AUCGCACUCCAAAGGACUGGUGACCCCUCCGGUCUCAAUGCUAUCAAACAGCCUUUAGAAAGACUAGCGCUCAUAGAUCCCAGUCCUACACAGGUGACUCACCCGACACUCGAAGAAUUAUCUGAAGCUCUGGAGUGCGCGAAGACUAUUACAUUUCAAUUGAUUGAAUUCUUACAACGAUUCAGUCCUUCGUAUAACAAUUCGUCCAAUAAUAACAUGAAUCGAAACAAAAUGGUCACAAAUAUGUGUCCAAACAAUAAUCCGCGACAAAGGGUGAGUCGCGUCCGACCACUCAUGGAAGAGCAUCCGGUGUCCCCUCAGUUCACUUCAGAGCCCUUUCCUCCCAUCAAUCUGUUGUCGGCUUCGUCAGCACGACAUCCAGCCCUCCAACAGGUGGUCAGACCGUGCGCUUCAGUGCAGCCCUCCAGAAUCAUUAGAGCUACUAAUCUGACGGUCUCCCCGACUCUGGCUAUGGGUGCGCACCAACUCCUCGCACCCACUGCACCCGAAUUAGGAGGCGGUGACUCGAGUCAACCACAUCUGACUGCAAUGCCCACAAUGCAGGUGCCGGUGUUGGUGACAUCGACGUCAUCGCACACUUUGAUCCAAAACUCUCAACAAAUGGGCGCAUCACUGCUGAGUACUAACCUUCCCUCAGAAGACGAUCAAAUAAUCCCAUUCUCUGACCGACCCUUUGUCUCGAAGUACGGACCCGUGCGCUCCAAAUAUGGCUUCAAUUUGAUCAAUACUCCCACAAUGAGCGCACCGGGAAAUGCCAUGUCUCAGCAACUGGAGAACACUGGGGCGCGCACUCAGCCCACAAAUGUCAUCUUAGGGCGCUCUGCCGUUCCCUCACUGACACUCAUCCAACCCCUUCAGAUCCUGACCGCCGCCUUCUUGACUGACCCCAACUCUAACUCUCAAUACGGAACCACUGCUUUCAUCACUGAACCCACGUUUCCUAACACUUAUAUGUCGGGACUCAUGGAUUUGGAGUCAAACGAAUCACAUAUGAAUGGAUUAAACGGU